AUGACCAGCUACAUGACCAGUCACAUGACCAGUCACAUGACCAGUCACAUGACCAGUCACAUGACCAGCUACAUGACCAGUCACAUGACCAGUCACAUGACCAGCUACAUGACCAGUCACAUGACCAGUCACAUGACCAGUCACAUGACCAGCUACAUGACCAGUCACAUGACCAGUCACAUGACCAGUCACAUGACCAGCUACAUGACCAGUCACAUGAACUACACAGGCCAGACCGGAGGCAGAGGGGGCGGGUCUAACGGCGGAGGUAACGGUGACGAGGACUACGAGAUCCCGCCCAUCACUCCCCCCAACCACCCAGAGCCCCACCUGCUGCACCUGAUGGAGCACGACUCUGCGGGAUACCUGUGCCACCCCCACAACGGCCUGAUCAACCCCUACUCCUAUCCCGAGCUGCCCACCCUCAUGAUGUCCAACAUGCUGGCCCAGGACGGACACCUCGUCUCCAGCCAGAUGCACUCGGUGAGUUCCCGGGACAGAAAGGGGGGUGGAGGUUGUGGUGGUUGCUUCUUGGGCGUUACUUUGUGGGGGUUACUUUGUGGGGGUUACUUUGUGGUCGUUUCUUCGUGGGCGUUCCUUCGUGGGCGUUCCUUCGUGGGCGUUCCUUCGUGGGCGUUCCUUCGUGGGCGUUCCUUCGUGGGCGUUCCUUCGUGGGCGUUCCUUCGUGGGCGUUCCUUCGUGGGCGUUCCUUCGUGGGCGUUCCUUCGUGGGCGUUCCUUCGUGGGCGUUCCUUCGUGGGCGUUCCUUCGUGGGCGUUCUUUCGUGGCGGUUACUUCGUGGCGGUUACUUCGUGGCGGUUACUUGGUGGCGGUUACUUGGUGGCGGUUACUUGGUGGGCGUUACUUGGUGGGCGUUACUUGGUGGGCGUUACUUGGUGGGCGUUACUUGGUGGGCGUUACUUUGUGGUCGUUACUUCGCGGUCGUUACUUCGUGGCCUGCAAAUAA